UCUGCGCAAUUCACCUACGCAAUGAUCUCCCUUGAAGAGCAGAGCAGAUCUCUGGCACUACGUACGAUAAAAGGUGAAUUUCUGUUGUACAAGAACAGUUUUGUGUGGAGCAUAUUGUUCAUCAAUUUGGAACUUCCCUUUGGAUUCGCACACACGGUAGAUAAAGAUGCCCGCCAUUCAUUAUUCUCUCGUCAUAGCGGUGGUAGCCCAUUUCAGUAAUGCGGAUAUUACCUCCCUUGAGGAGAAGGUCAACUUGAUAUCUUCCAUGCAGACUUUCGUCCUGCAAGACAUGAUGUUAAUUAAAGGCAAGCUUGCCAACACCGAUAUGAAACUCGACCAACUCUUUGAUCGAAUCGACAAGCUUCAAUCGACAGAACAUGUAAGAGGAUUUACGGAAGGAGACAUAGAGCAAAUAAGCGCCAAGGUGGUUCAACAGGUCUCCGAGCGCGUAAAUCUACAACAGAUUGGGAACACUUUAUCCGGGGUUUCUAAAGAAACAGCUGCUAAACUUGAAGUUCUCGAAAACAAAGUUAAUGAAAAUUACAACGCCGUUAAUGGAUUGGGAGCAGAUAUGACAACUGUGUCACACACUUUAACCAGAGUAAAACGUGGUUUUGCAAAAGAAAAACUUUCGUUGGUAAACGAAGUAAGUGAGCUUAAAGAGACUACUACCAAUGUAAAGAAAGCCAUCGACGAUAUUUUUGUAGAUUUCAAUAAUACCAUGGAUAUCAUGGAACAUAAACACACUGAGAUAACAACAAAACUAAAAACCGAUAUUGAAACAAUGGUGACUCAAGCCUCUGUAAACAUCGCAGAGAUUGUAAAGAACGAAUCACUGAAGGCAACACGUUUGAUACAAGACACGUUAAACUACUUUGGCAACAACAUGGAAAAGCUGUCAAGUUCGAUUGCAUUUGUCGUGGUAAAUAUUUCGUCGGAAUUAGAUAAUAGAGAGAGUGAAGUAAUUAACAGGCUUGACAAUAUUUCAUCAGAAUGUGUUAAAUUAACCGGUCAUCUUAACAACCAUGAUGAGAAGAUGAUGUUUAUACACAUAUUUGAUGGCAUCGGUAUAAAGGAUUUUCAAGUACCCGGCGCCAGGGCAAGGCUUGCCAAUGCCACAAAGUACGACACAAACGGUGUUCAGGGUCGACUGGAGGUAAACGUGAAUGGAGAGUGGGGAACAGUAUGUGAUUCGAACUUUAAUACUAAAGAUAACUCAGCUGCUGACACAGAGGAAGAGACAGUCGCGUGUAGAACUCUGAACGCGGGGUUCGCCAAAGGGCUGGCCCUGCCCUUUACUCCCUUUGGUCAGAGUAUUGGACGAGUUGUUUUCAAAAAAAACUGUGCUGGCGAUGAACAUUCAAUUUUUGAGUGUUCGGAUGAAGGCGAUCCAAUCACUUGUGGGCGUGAAAGGGAUGUACACUUGCGUUGUUUUAAAUGAAGUCUCGGACAGAAAACUUGACGUUUGUUACUGGAGUAAGGACUGUGAUUUUGGAAAGUGAUUAUUUGUUCGAGUUUAGAGACCAAGGAGACACGAAGUUGAGGAAGUGACUUUGUGUGAUGUUUUUUAAUUCAUGUUUAAAUAAAUCUUAAUGAAAUUA